AUGCAUCGUAGAGAGGCCAACGUUGAUCUCCUCCACCGCAUUGCCUACUCUGCGGACAACAUCCACUCGGCGCGGGAUGUGGUUUCGCUCGCGCGCUCGUGCAAGUCGAUUCACGCGGCGCUACUCGGCACGCCAUGGGCGCGGACAAAAGCUCAUGCCCACGCUGGCAUUCGGACCUGCCUUUCGCUCAAGCUCUGGGCCGGGGCGACACGCUUGGUGGCACGGGCGGCGGCAGCGGGCGCGCCGCCAAUCGUCAGCGGAAUGGACGUCAAGAUCGCGUUUGGCGCACCGCGCUGCGCCGAGUGGCGAGCGUUUGUGCUCGCACUGGGCCGUGCUGGCGUCUCGUCGCCAUACCUCGGCCUACCGUCGUGGCUUGGCGAGCUACUCCGCAUCGUGUACUCGGAUGUGCGCGGCUUUCUCUUUCCGCUUCCAAUCGCAGUCUGGGCUGCGGUCCGUGGCGAGGCGGCGAUUGCAGCCGAGCUCGCGCCCGGCGUCACUGGUCAUGAUGCUGAUGCCUUGCUGAUUGCAGCCGCCUAUGUUGGUGACAGGGCGCUUGUUGCGACAGUCACUUUGAGCUGUUCCGGGCUUGACGUGGAGCGCGCGUCGAGCCUGGCGCUUGUGGCGGCCGCCGGCGUGGGCGCGCUUGAUCUUGUCGACGAGCUGUUGACGAACGCCCAUGUUGAUCCGACGGUGAACAAUCAGGCUGCAGUCAUUGCUGCUGCAAGACACGGCCAUCCCGACGUACUCACCCGUCUUCUUGCCGACAUGCGUGUCGAUCCCAGCGCGCGCGACUCGGAGGCGCUCUUUAUCGCUGCAGCCUACAACAAGAUCGACGCGGUUGCUCUGCUCGUUGCCGAUGGCCGCGCAAAUCCAUGCACCCGCAAUUGCGCCGUUAUCCGCAAGGCUGCUGUCGACGGCCGGACGGCGGUCGUCCAGCUCUUGCUCGACUCUGGCCGCAUUCCGCCUGAUGUUGCGGCUGAGCUCUCCGGCGCGGCAGGCAACGAGUAGCAUGACUCCACUCUUUACUUUGGAUCCCCGGCCGGCACAUAGAUCGAGAUGUUGUCACCAGUUGCGCCCCACGACCGCCACGACGUCAAGUAAAUGGCCAGCCAGACAAAGAACGCCGACAUGUACACCACACUGCCUACUGCCGAGU